GUUUAUAUGCUAAAAUGUUGUUGUUGUUGCUAAAACUACAUCAAAACCUCAGGAAAGGCAGCAGGAUAUUCACGCCAUCCUUUUCAUCCAUUCAAAUCGUUGAUGCGUGCGGCCAUUCCUGACUCCAAUCAAUGUUAAUGGAUAGAGUCAGCAUAGGCGUGGCUCAUUUGCCUAGCUUGAAGUAGCUUUGUUCGUUGCAUUGAGACAAUUUCAUAUUUAUUUGCACAUGGGUAUUGCCUGAACAUGUUGUGUGGGAAAUCUGGGGUAAGCUCUUUACACAUGUUGGCGUGUCUACAUAAUGUGGCACUCGCAUCUGUUGAACAGAAUGAAGGUGAAGCUAGCUAACUUGCUAGCAAAAACAACCUGACAAAUGGACACUAUACUGCACCUCAAACGAUUUUCCAAGUUGGAAAUAUCGAACGCGCCAUUUCGAGGGUUUGAAGAGUGGAACAUCAACUAUAAUGAAAGAUAAGACUAGAUAGCGGCAGCAUACACAAGCUCUACAAGACGUGACUUUAUUCAUGACAAGCAAUCACCAUCUCCCUCACUGCUAGCUGUCGGGCAGUCGAACAGUGAGAACUGGAUUGUCCACUCUGAAAUGUCAUUACCAAUUAAUACUUUUUACCCGGACUUUUACACAUCUUGGACAUUUACUUUGGCUUUGUGGAUGUAAUGGAAAUGGGGCUUCUCCCGCCACUAAAUGCGGGCCAGAGCCUUGGCUUCUACAAGAUGGAUAUGGCUAGUUGGAGGAUUCUGCUUCCCGACCAGUUGGAUACCCUAAUGGUUGGAGCUGCCUACAUGUGUGCAGUGUGGGAGAACUGUGCUACCAGCUACUGCUUGUGUGUGUGUGUGUGUGUGCGUGUGUGUGUAACUUUUUGUGUGUGUGUGUAAAUGGAACCAAAGGAGGCCUUGGACAUGUGUCUCCCAAACAAGCAUAGGCCUGCUGUGUGCAUGCAGAAUAAAAUAAUAGCAGAGCCAUGUCCGUGACUUCUACAAUGCCAUCACCGAGAGGUUCACCCUGAAUGACAGAUGAAUGGAAUUCAUUUGCAAGUAAAGUGGAGCCCCUGGUGAGGCAGGUGAAGAAGACGCGCAUCAAGAGGGAUGACUUCCACAUCUUGAAGGUGAUUGGUCGAGGGACCUUCAGUGAGGUGGCUGUGGCGAGGAUGCGUAGCACACAGCAAGUGUACGCCCUGAAGAUUAUGAAUAAGUGGGACAUGCUGAAGCGAGGAGAGACAGCUUGUUACCAAGAGGAGAGAGAGGUUCUGCUGAAGGGCGAUCGACGCUGGAUCACUGAGCUGCACUACGCCUUCCAGGAUGACAAUUAUCUGUACCUGGUGAUGGACUACUAUGUGGGUGGUGACCUGUUGACCCUGCUCAGUAAGUUUGGCGACCGUAUCCCUGAGGACAUGGCGCAGUUCUACCUGGCUGAGAUGGUCAUGGCCAUUGACUCCAUCCACAGGAUGGGCUAUGUGCACAGGGACAUCAAACCUGACAACAUCCUUCUGACGGCAGAGGGCCACAUCAGGCUGGGGGACUUUGGUUCCUGUCUGAGGGUCCAGGAGGAUGGCAUGGUGCACUCGUCCUUGGCAGUAGGCACACCCGACUACCUGUCCCCAGAGAUCCUGCGUGCGGUGGAGGGAGGGGGAGGCUAUGGCCCUGAGUGUGACUGGUGGGCCCUGGGGGUCUGUGCCUACGAGAUGCUGCAGGGGACCACGCCCUUCUACGCAGAGUCCAUCUCAGAGACCUAUGCCAAGAUCAUGAACUUCCAGGAGCACUUUGAGUUCCCCCCAUCUGGCCCCGAGGUUUCAAACAUGGCCCGUUCCCUCAUCAUGGGGCUCAUCUGUGAGAGGGAGGAUCGUAUGGGGGCUGGGGGCUCUGGAGACUUCAGGGGCCACCCUUUCUUCUGUGGACUAGAUUGGGGCUCCCUGCAUGAAAUUCCAGCACCCUUCGAACCUGAAGUCUCCAACGCCACUGACACUUCCAACUUUGACGUGUUGGACGACUGCCUCAGUGAAAUGGAAACACUGAGUGACGUGAUGGACAGGGCCCCUAUCGGUGUUCACCUGGCUUUCGUUGGCUACUCCUACACAGCUACAAGACAGACAGGUGCCUUGGACCGCAGUUGUGACAUCAUGAUGGAGAUUGACCACCAGCGGCAUCAAGGGUUGCCAAACCUCAAUUUCCAGGAUAAGCUGAGUCAGAUGUGGCAGCUCAGAGACGCUCUGACAUCUACUGACAGCCUGCCUGCCCUUCUUGAGCUCCCCCUAGCCUUGGAGCAGGGUACUGCAGAGUCCACUCACACCACGAUAGAGGAGGACGAGGAGGAGACAGACCAGAAUUCAGGACUUGAUGAGGACCUGCACAGACGGCUACAUGAGGCAGAGAAGAGGAAUGGAGAUCUGGAGAAGGAGAUGGAGAGUCUAAGGGUGGAGAUCGGGGGCCUGAAGUCCUCCAAGGAGACAGAACUGCGUGUCUGCCCGUCGUCUCUUUCUCUGCCUGCCCACUGUCUGGACAAUGGAAAAAGAUCACCCCCUGCCUGUCACUACCCGCUGGUGAUCCCUCUCCACCGCCACCUGCUGCUCUUCCACAGGGUGCGCUGGCCACAGGAGAGGACUGAGUCCUACCUGUUAGUGUGUGCGGAGGGGGGAGAGCCCCAAGCCUGGGACAGACACUGCUGUGCUGAAAUCUCCUGAACCCCCCCACCCCCACCCUCACUAUAGUGGGGAAUGACAGACUUCUCUAUUCCACCGAGGAGUCCUAUUACAGUAUCUUGGAAUGAGAGAGUUUUGAGUAUGGUGGGUGGGUGGGUGCUAAAGACAAUGCUACUCAUGGCACUGAGCAGAGUACUGGGGCAUAAAUAAACUGAGAGCAAUGGGGACAGCAGAACUGGAAACCUGCAGGAAGUUGGACAGACAUGGGAAAGCUAAUGACUGUCACUAGAAGGAAUGAGGAGAUGUAAAUAAUCAAAUGAAGGACAUCUCCUAAACUACCAAUGGGACAGAGGUAAAAGUGAACACUGAAAACAAAGAAGACACCAUAGAAAAAAGACAUUGCUGGUUUGAGUGACAGCCAGGGGGGCCAAUCAGCAUCCUCCAUAAGCCAACUCUCUCCAGCCCACCUGGACAUUGAUGCAUUUUGCCCAAUAUUAGUGGCAUGACUUAUUAACAGCACCAUCUAAUGGUUAUUUACUGUUUGAGUUCUCCAUUGUACUUUGUAUCUAUGCUUCUAAGAGUGGAUUGUGUUGAGUUGUCUGAGAGAUAUUUGUUGCACUAGACUAGAGGCUCUGAUUUAAAGGCAUUUUAGAUAAGCCUGUUUGGAGUACAUAAAUCACAGCUACAGUACAAUAUUGAGUGAGCGCUGACUGAAGGUUAAGGAUAGAGUAACCUUGUCCCCAGGCUAUUGGGAACAGCGCAUAUAAGCCUGGGAUAUCAACGAGACUUAACCAUCACGAGACUUCCGGGAAUGCUUGCGAAAUAGACCAAACAGACCAGGCCGGGGGUUGGUGUUUGAGAAGAAAAUGAUUGUUCAUUUUCUCAAUCUAAAGGCACAACCUAGAUUCGAGUCAAUGUCUUAAGUAGUUGAACAUGUUACUGAUCCAACCUUGUGAAAUUGACAACUUAUAUUGAAGGGGUGGCUUUGAUUUGACAGCCUGCACAUGCAGUUCGGCCCGAGACGACCGUUAGACCUGGGCUGCGGUCGAAACACUUAAAAGACAUACCCUCGUCCACUUGCCCUCGUCUUAAGCCCUUGGGGAAAUCCCCAUCGCCAUCUUGGAGGGUGGUCCAAAUGUUUAGCCAAGCAAGGGAAAUUUGCAACAUAAGCCCGUCAGCUCUCGUUUUAAGUCGGCUUUGCGAGUGUACAAUUAUGCUCACUCCAGGGCCUGAAACUCCCCAUAAUUCAAUUUGCGACGAUUAUACAUCCGCUAAGAAAAGUCAGCGAAAACUUAA